AUGUAUACCAGUGCUAUUUUAGUGCAGAUUUUCAUCUACUGCUGGUUUGGAAACGAAGUCAAGUUAAAAAGCCUUCAAUUGAUAAAUAGUAUUUAUAAUAUAGAAUGGCUGGCGCUUAGUAAUAGUAAUAAAAAAGAUCUCUUAUUAAUUAUGAAGCGCGCGAUGACUCCUAUCGAAUUUACCAGUGGGUACAUAAUCACGAUGAAUCUUGAGUCAUUUGUAGUUUUGCUUAAGAUGUCAUAUUCUGUUUUCAAUUUGCUGCAUCAAACAAAUGAAUAG